GCUCUUCGACGGAAUACUGUAUAAUUCGCUCUACGUUUCUUUGGGAGACCCGGAGAGUAUGACAGGCGCUAGGUGAAUGCAAGUUUUUCUGUCCCGUUACAGUCUGGGUUCGCGGAAUAUUAUAUUGCCCAAUCAGCGGCAGGAUUUCUGAACGGUGCUGCGCCAGCAAUGUUGUUAGUGAUUGGACAAAGUAAGAGCGGAAGAUGGCGGCCUGUAUGGUGGAGCAUGUUGUGGCAGAUGCUGGAGCUUUCCUGAAGAAUGCGCCACUGCAGGAAUUUGGUAAAAACAUCUACACAUUAAAAGAAGUUGUAAAUGAAAUAAGGGAUAAGGAAACUAAGCGAAGGCUGGCAGUUUUGCCGUACCAGCUCCAUUUUAAAGAGCCAUUUCCUGAAUAUAUAAGACAAGUGUCAGAGUUUUCCAAAAAAACUGGUGACUACCCCAGUCUCUCGGCAACUGACGUUAAAGUUUUGGCAUUAACCUGUCAACUUGAAACCGAAUUUGUGGGAGCUGGCCACUUGAAAAAAGAACCUGUGCAGAAAAUUGAAGUGAGUAGCACUUUAAGACACCCAGAAUCACCGAUCAACGUAGCAGGCUUUCAUCUGCCAUCUAAGAAUCCUGAGAGGGGUUUCACAAAAGGAGAUUGUGUACUUCCUUUAAGUUCUGAGGAGCUGUGCCAUCCCCCUACAAGACAUUCCAGUGCAUCGCCAGGAGUUGAUUUAUCAGAAUUCGAAGCCUUUCACUUCUGGAGAAACCCGCUACCAAGUAUUGAAGAUGAUCUAGAAGAUUUACUCACAAGUGAUAACAAAGAGAAUGUCUGCAAUUCGAGAGAGAGAUCGUCGAACCAGGAUCAAGAAGAGCUGCAUGGAAGCGAGGAGGGAGAGGAGGAGGAGGAGGUGGAGGAUGACAGUGACGACAGUGAAGGGUGGAUAACGCCGAGUAACAUUCAGCAGAUUCAUAGAGAUAUGGGCUGCUCUGAGAGAGCAGCAGAUAUCAGAGUUGGUUGUAUGACGACAGAUUUUGCAAUGCAGAAUGUCCUUAUUCAGAUGGGGCUUCAUGUCAUUUCUUUGAAUGGAAUGAUUAUAAAGCAAGCAAGGAACUUCAUUCUGCGUUGUUUUGCAUGUUUCAAGACCACAACUAACAUGAAUAAGGAAUUCUGCCCAAACUGUGGUAACAGGACGCUGAAAAAGGUAGCAGUCACUGUGAAUGAAGAUGGCAGUCUUCACUUCCACUUCUCAAAAAAUCCAAAAGUGCUAAAUCCACGAGGUUUGAGGCAUUCUCUCCCGUUACCACAUGGUGGGAAACAUGCAAACAAUCCACAUUUGACUGAGGAUCAGAAUUUCCCUCAGCAACGACUCUCCAAGAAAGCAAGGCAGAAGACUAAUGUUUUUGACCCGGAUUACAUUGCUGGGGUUUCCCCAUUUGUGGAAAAUGAUGUCUACAGCAGAGCCGCUCACUUAAACAUUCGAGACAACAGAUUUGGAGGUGGGAGGAGGAGGUUGAACCCAAAUGCCGCCCCAAAAAAAUUUGUUAAGAAAUAAAUGUUUUUCUUCUCAACUUUGGUAUCCCCAUUUUCAAUAGUUUUAUUAAAAAUUUAAGCUAUACAUUUAUUUGUGUAUCAUGUAAAUUGUCAGGAUUUAUUAAAGUGUUUAAAAGUGCUUUCAAAACAUGGUUCUUUUAAUUAUGAACACAAGCUGUUGUAACCAAGGAACCCAAUACAGGUAUGUGAAACUGUUUUCUUUAGGGUGUGUUUAGACUUGCAUUACUUGGUAGGAGAAGUUAUCUGUCCAACUGCAUGAUGUUUACCUAAUUAGUAUACUAAAGAAAACAAUACUGCUUAAAACUUACAUUUUUCUGCGUUCUGAGGCUAAACGGAGCUUGGGCGAUAUGGCCCGGUUGGAAGCAGUGAGUUUGUCUAUUAUCUUUUGGCUUCUGCACACUGCAAAAAAGGGACUUGUGGUUCCCAAUUUGCUCCUCAAACACUCUAAUUUCAAGUGGAUAUGGGCCAGGAAUUCCCAUGAGUUGAUUGGAAUGUUACACAUCUACAGAGACUUCGAGAACAUCUUUGAGUAGUUUCCACUGUCCUCUUGCUCCGGCAUGUAUGUUUUGGAAGUUGGUAUCAGGUACAUAAAAAAUGUAGGUCUAAUCACUGGAAUGAUCCAAGUGAUGAGAGCCUCUGAUGGGACUGCCUAUGUGGGAGAGGACACUUAUCCUACAGUGAAUUUGGAAGAUUUUGCAGUAUGUGGUACCUGUCCAAUGGUUUGACCUAUAUAGGUAUAUGUGCAAGAGCAUAGGGAUUACUCGUUGGUAGACCUUGAGUGGAGAUGAUGAAUUUCAUUAAUAUUUUACUUCAUGGAGAGUUGCUUCCUGUAGAGUAGUAGUACAUUUAUUCCAGAGACAUAGCAUGGAUUUUUGGUAGGUGACUAUGUUAUGCGGAGGAGUACAUUUACAAAUUACAUUUGACCAAAAGGAGUUAGCAGACAUGAGAGUUUUGGUUCAGCAAGUCUGCUCCACCAUUCCAUGAAGAAGAAAGCCCUUAGCUCCGGUGGAGUCAUCGGGACGCCAUCAUGAUGACGUUUUUUUUUAAGCAGGCUUUCUUAUUUUUACGAGGCCGAGUCGCUAGCUCGACGGUCAACCCAGCAUGGAUGGAAAGUGUGCAAGGGAGCCGGCUGGAUUCGAACUUGGGAGCCUUCGUUCCAAAGUCCGGCUCUGAUGCCUCUACGCCACCAGCCGGCCAUUCCAUGAUGGCUGAUUAUUAUUUGUCUCAACCCCAUUCUCCUGCCUUCUCCCCGUAACCUUCAACGCCAUUAUUAAUGAAGAACCUUAAAUAUACCCAAUGACUUGGCCUCCACAACCAUCUGUGGCAAUGAAUUCCACAAAUUCACCACCCUCUACUUUCAUAAUGGACCCAGAACAGAUCCUCUGAAAUGAUAACACUGAGGAAUUCACCUCUGAUCCCCUGAUGAGAACUGGCUCAUGGACCUCUGGAUUCCUCCUGAAGUCAAUAAUCAGCUCCUUGGUCUUGCUGACAUUGAGUUAGAUGUGGCACCACUCAGCCAGAUUUUCAAUCUUCCUCCGAUAUGCUGUUUUGUCACCACCUUUGAUCUAGCCUUUGGCAGUAGUAUUGUUAGAAAAUUUAAGUAUAUCAUUGGAGCCUUGCUUAGCCUCACAAUCAUAAGUACAAAGCAAGUAGAGCAGGGGGCUAAGCAUACAGCUUUGUGCUGAUGGAGAUGUUAUUGCCAAUCUGAACUGACUGGGGUCUGCACAUGAGGCAAUCGAAGAUCCAGUUGUACGAGGAAGUACUGAGUACGUAUCAAGAAUGCACUGUAAAAUGCCUAUAGUGAAUUAUUUUAAAAAUUAGUGCAUUGGAAAAGUUUAAUUAGAUCUAUUUUAGAUUUGCUGCAGUGUGGAUAAAGAAUGAUUAAUAGAAAUAGUGGCAUUUGGAGAUGUUUGUGAGUAUAUACCAUUUGAUAGUUAUUUUGUAAUAUUUAAAGCAAAUGAAGUUUUCUCCCAACAUUAGAAUAAAGGUCUAAUUUAAUGUUAGAUAAACUUAAAUCGGUUAAACUUAUUGAAGGGUGAUCAAUUUGUACUACCACUUUUAAAGAUUAAUCCAUGUGAACACUUGAGUCUCUGAGCCUGAACCACUGUUGAAAGACCUAUUUGUAUUAUCACUAUAUAAAUAUUUAACUACAUUCGUUGUAUUUUGUACUUAAAUGUAGUAACCUUGCUCUGGUACACACAGGAUGUUAAAUUACAGUAGGAAUCCUUAGCCUGGUCUGUAUAAUAUUUAUAGCAAGAAAGGUGCUGAUUUGUUUUCACAAACGAAAAUUGAAAGGUCAAGGAUUUUGAAAGGUCAAAUUA